GAUAGGAGGUUUGUUCCCUGACAUGUCCAUCGACGUUAAAUUCGAUUACUUCGUGACAAAUGGCAACUGCUGGAGGAAUCAAAAAGCCAAAAUCGGCAACAACAAAACAGUGUGCCAUCUGUGAGGCUCGAGUUGACGUUAAAUGGAGGUGCACCAAUUGUGAUAAAAUCAUCUGUCAAAACUGUAAAAAUCUCCAUAAAAAGGUGCGUGCCACUAGUCAUCACAAGAUCGUCUCCAUUGUGAGGAAAAUUAGAAAAGAGAGCAAGGGUGAUGACAAUGCAAGCGAAAUAGGGAGCAACGAAAACCACGACGAUGGAGGAUCGUCAUCUGAUAAAACCAUGCCUAAAUCCUCUCGACCCUCUGUGAUGUGCUUGAAGCAUAAUGAUUCUGUUUUGAAAUGGUACUGCAGUUCGUGCAAAAGUGCCGUCUGUCAAGAAUGCGCGAAAAGUGAUCACAAAUCGCACGUCAUGGCAGACCUUUCUGUUUACCAAGACCGAAAACAGAAAAAGUGGGAACGUUUCUUAAAGGUUUUAGAAGAUAAAGAACUGCCAGAAACGAUGCAACGAAUGAAGAGAAUAAAGAAAGCAAAAAUGGAUUUCGAUGCUAACAUCAUCGCAGUGAAAAGAGAAGUGUGGAUGCGAUACGACGAAUUCAUGUUGAAACUUGGGAACGAGCGCCAAAAGAUUUUGUCUGAACUGGACGAAAUUCAGCACCGAGAAGAAAAGGUUUUCUCCGACGCUCUGAAAAACAUGGAAAGAGAAAUAACUGUACUCGAAUCAUCGAUUGAUUCUACGACAGGAAUGAUUGAUUCAUUAAAUACUCAGUCGAUCUGGGACAAUUUCGAAGACGUCCGAACAGAGGUAGAAAAAAUAAAGAAGACCUUGUAUCCAAACCCUGAGAAAGUAACAUUUAAUGCACCCGAAGUGACGGAGAAGAUAGUGUCGCAUUUAUACGGAAAACUUGAACGUCGAUUGGAUGAAGCACCCUUUCUUCCACCUAGCCGCUCCGAUUUGUCGGGAUUAUUGACACCAGGCGUCGAUGUAUCGCUUUUAUCGUCGUUUGCCACCGAUCUGCCUUUCAUUCGAACCAUUUGCCCGGUGAGUAGCGAGGAAGCGUGGAUUGGCUGCUGGCAGCACGAUCAAAUGUUUUUAAGCUCAUCUAGUGGUCAAGUCAGUCAAACAGUCACUGCCAAAGCAAUGGACAUGUCUGUUAUGGAUAACGGUGAUCUUCUGGUCGUGUGUUACUUGAGUUAUAAUUUACAAUGCAUAAAAAAGAACGGGAAAUUGAAAGAACUGAAAUCAGAUUUGCCUUUGUAUCCUACUGGCAUCAUUGCAAUGAGUAAUGGGGACAUCAUCGUUAGUUUGGUUGAUAGGUACGAUCUUAAAAUAGACGAAAACAGUAUUCGUCGGCUAAUGAAAUUCGAUAGAGAUGGAAACAUUCUUUUAAUCGUUGAAAAUGAUGUAAAUGGAAGGGCAAUCUUUACGUAUCCAGCUAAAGUGACAGUUAAUAUCAAUGGUGAUAUAUGUGCUAUAGAUGAAACUGGCGAGUAUUCUGGUAGGCUUGUAGUAUUCGAUUCAGCAGGAGAACUGAAAUUUGAAUAUGGCGAACUAGAUAGUACGUUCGAAGAAACGUGUGAUCUCAGCUCCUGUGCAUGCAGCGCAGACGGUAGAAUCGUAGCCACCGAUUGGCUACAUCACAAGAUUCAUAUUCUGACAGCAGACGGCUGUUUCAUUGGCUAUCUUAUGACAGAGGAUGACGGGAUACAUUUCCCUUUUUGUUGUGCAUUUGGUCCUGAUGGCGUUUUGUGGAUAGGAUGUAAGCUGUCGAAAGAGGCCGCAAAGGGGGACAUUGUAAGAGUCAAUUACAAAUGCUAA